AUCAGUGCUGUGGAACAGGUACCAUGGCUGCCUCGGCCCCUUUGAGGACCUUGGAAGAGGAGGUGACGUGCUCCAUCUGUCUCGACUACCUGAGGGACCCGGUGACCAUCGACUGUGGCCAUGUCUUCUGCCGUGGUUGUGUCAUAGACAUCCGAGCCCCCCCAGGGGGCCGCCCAUCGUGCCCACUCUGCAAGAAGUCCUUUAAGAAAGAUAACAUCCGGCCAGUUUGGCAGCUGGCCAGCCUCGUGCAGAAUAUUGAGAGACUCAACGUGGAAAAGGGGAGAGAAGCGAAGGAGAAGCGGCCCGAACCCACAACCAUGAUGCAGUGCGAACGGCACAAGGAGAAGCUACACUAUUACUGCGAGGAUGAUGGGCGCUUCCUGUGUGUGAUGUGCCGUGAGUCCAGAGAGCACAAAUACCACACGGCCAUCCUCAUCGAGAAGGCUGCCCAGCCCCACCGGGAAAAAAUCCUGAGUCACCUGGGCACCCUAAGGAGAGACAAAGAGAGGGUUCAGAGCUUUCAGAUGAAGGGGGAAACUGAAAUUCAGCACCUGCUGACCAAACUCCAGAUGGAGAGGCAGAAUAUUGUCUCCGAGUUUGCACAGGGCCAUCAGUUCCUGAGAGACCGAGAACAGCAUCUGCUGGAGCGACUUGAGGGAAUAGAGCGGGAGAUCAUCGAGGGGAGAGAGAAGUACAACCUCAGGACCUCUGGGGAGGUCACUAGGCUCGGGGCUGUGAUCUCAGAACUGGAGGGGAAGGCCCAGCAGCCCGCUGCAGAGCUCAUGCAGGACACCAGAGACUUCCUGAUCAGAUAUCCACGGAAGAAGUUCUGGAGUGGGAAACCCAUUGCUCCAGCUAUUAGGAAAAGAACCGGAGAAUUCUCUGAUAAACUUCAUUCUUUGCGGAAAGGCCUGAGAGAAUUUCAAGGGAAGCUGCUGAGAGUCUUGGAAUAUAAGACAGUGAACGUCACCUUGGAUCCCCAGACAGCCAGUGGAUACCUCAUAUUAUCUGAGGACUGGAAGAGUGUGUCCUUUACCAAUAUAUAUCGGAGUCUAUACCAACACCCCCAGCAGUUUGAUCCUGAGCCUGCAGUUCUGGGUAGUAAGGGUUUCACCUGGGGCAAAGUUUACUGGGAAGUGGUAGUGGAGAGGGAAGGAUGGGGGGAAGAGGAAGGAGAGGAAGAAGAAGAAGGAGAAGAGGAAGAAGAAGAGGAAGAGAAUGGAUAUGGGGAGGCCGAGGAGGACUGGGAGACAGAUGAGGAUGACGAUUCCGGCGGAGAUGACGAUGAAGAUGAUCUGGAAGACGAUGACGUCAUUCAGGAAUCUUGUCUGGUGGGUGUUGCCAGAGACACUGUGAGGAAGAAAGGGGAGCUCCGCCUGAGCCCCGAGGAUGGGGUAUGGGCCCUGCGACUGUCCUCGGCAGGCGUAUGGGUUAACACUAAUCCUGAAGCAGAGUUAUUCCUCGCCCAGCGACCCAGAAGAGUAGGGAUUGCUCUGGAUUAUGAUGGGGGUACAGUGACCUUCACCAAUGCCGAAUCACAGGAACUUAUCUAUACAUUCUCAGCAUCCUUUACAAGGCGUUUAGUUCCCUUCUUUUGGCUCAAUUGGCUGGGAACAAGUCUCGUUCUGAAACCCUGAGAGAGAGACACACACACACGUACACACACAGAUCCUCUCUCUGGCCCCUUGCUUCCCCCAGUGUUCUGAUUCCCCUUCACGGGAAGGAACAAGCUUCACUGAGGGGAGAAGGUGUCCUCUAGGCUAGGAAAUCAGGAGCAGGAGAGAGGAGGGUCUUCGUGCCUACUGCCAGUCUUUAUGCCCCUUAGUUUCAUGGCCCCCACGUAGACUUGUACCAAGGCUAGUCCUGUUACUUGAACUGUCCCAUUUAUGACAUUUCUGAUGGGCUCCCUUCUCCGUGCAGUGGUAAAUUUCCCCAAGACUCUAGGUGUGAAUUCUACUUACUCAAUUUCUCUUCCCCCAAAGUCACUCCAAUGCCAUUGGAGUUCUAGGUCAUGUUGAUAAAAUCCUUGAGUCUUGCAAAAUUCAUUUCUUUGGUCUCCUUUCCUAUGCUUUCUUCCAUUCCCCAUAAUACCUGUCCUCAUCCGGUUAGCUGCUUCUCAACCCUCUAUUCCAAACUCCACCUCUCCCAAUCAGCCUUUCUCUGUGUAGUAAAGAGACAAUUUCCUCAAAAUACAAAUUAAAAUAUGAUAUAUGGAAGAAAAUGGAACUCCCAUAGGGUUUCUUUCAGACCGAGGGGCUUUAGGAUGACUGAAGAAGGAAUCCACAGAUCCCAGGUGCCAGUGGGGAUCCAUUUCUCUUUGUACAUAUUGAUUAUGUGAAGCCCUUAGGUGAGGUCCUGUCCCAAGUUCAUACUCUGUCUUGUGCAGGGCUUUGCAGAUGAGUUUCCCCAUGGCUGUCAAGGUAUUAAUCUCAAGUCCUGAUGUCCGAAUGUGUACAUAGACCCAUUUGACUUUGGGGAAAUUAUCAAGAUCAAUAAAUCACCUUUGUGAAUCUCUUCUUUUGAGUAUGUAACUGAGCCCAGAGUCUUAUUCCUGUGACUGGGUCUAGCACCCCUCCUCACCUCAAAGGCCAGUGGUCUCGUAGGUGCUCUGUUCUUGUCUGUAUAUAGAAAUCCCCCCGGUCUCUGGUGCUUUUCCAACCCUGACUCUGAGUUUCUCCAAUAAGGCCUUAAUUUUUUUUUUUUUUUUUUUUUUGUCGCUUGUUCCCUCUCAUGCAAUUUCAGUCCAGAUUCCUUCCCUUCAGGGUAAAGAUACCAAGGUGCCUCAGAGGUCCACAAUCAGAUCUCCAGUUCUCUAAAGCUAGAGAAGGGAAUAAAAUGGCUACCUACCUCCUAGGGGAUAAAGUCCUGGCUCCUUAACCUAGCAUCCACGGUCUUCUACAAUUCUUUGCUUAUUCAACGCAAUGCCAUGACCUAAC